AAAUUAUUGAAGUAGCUGCAUUAUUCAACCAGCCAUGUGAAAUACACGUCACUAAUUUAAUUUAACUCUGUUCUUUUUCCAUUUGGCUCCUCAGCUAGCAAAAAAUCCAAAUUAUUUUGAAGCUUUAAUUUACCGUCACAAAUGGCGCCUAAUGUUAACUCAUUCCCCGAAACCCAAACCCAUUGUCCCGAACAGGGCCCGAAACUCGUGAUAGCUGGCGGGUCCAGGCUGUCGGGCCAUGUCCACAUCAGCGGGUCCAAGAACUCGGCCCUCUCCAUACUAGCGGCCACACUCUGCUGCACGGGCCCAUCCAAGCUCAACAAUGUGCCCAAUGUGUCCGACAUUAGGGCCAUGGCCUCCAUAUUGGCCUCCGUGGGGGCCAGGGUUGAGUUUUCUGGCAACCAGGUGCUGGUUGAUGCGGGCCGGGCCCGGCCGACUGAACCCGACCCGGCACUCAUGGGAGAGAUCAGGGGUGGGUUCUUUAUACUUGGGCCGCUGCUGGCCCGGUUUGGGGAGGCGGUUGUUGGGCUUCCGGGCGGAUGCAAUAUUGGGGCCCGGCCCGUUGAUAUCUAUGUUAGCGGGCUUCGGGCUCUUGGGGCUUAUGUUGAAGUGAGCGUUGGAGCUACUCAAACUCUGAUGAUGGCUGCUUGCAUGGCUUCAGGAACUACUCUGCUGUCAAAUGUUGCCAAAGAACCCGAAAUAGUCGAUCUCGCUCGCUUCCUAACGAAAGCAGGGGCACAUAUACAAGGUUCGGGCACGAACAAGAUUCGUAUUUACGGAACUAACCGGUUAAAAGGCUCGGAGCAUGACAUCACGCCCGAUAGAAUCGAGACGGGCACUUUCAUGCUUGCAGCUGCCAUCACCCGGUCGAGCAUUUCCAUGUCACCAGUUGCCGAUCCUUGCUCGUUAUCUUGCUUAGUCAACAAGCUGUCGAGUGUCGGGUGCAACAUCGCGUACGAGCACAAUGUAAGUGGAGAGGAGCUAUUAGUUGGUUUUGAUGUAAAAACCGAGCCGUACCCGGGAUUCCCGACCGAUCUCCAGCCUCAGACGAUGGCGUUGCUCGCCACGUGUCGCGGAUCGAGCCUUGUGGAAGAAUCGGUGUUCGAAAACCGAAUGAGUCAUGUGAAAGAAUUGCAGAAACUUGGUGCUAAAAUUGAGGUCCGUGAAGGUCGUGCAUUUGUUCAUGGAAUAGAGGCAAGCAAUAAGCUACGAGGCAGUCGAGUUGUUGCGGGUGACUUAAGAGGAGGUGCAGCUUUAGUUUUAGCUGGAUUAGCAGCUGAAGGAGUCACUGAAGUUUAUGAGAUUUCACAUAUUGAGAGGGGCUAUGAGGAUUUUCACAAGAAACUUCAACUUUUAGGAGCUGAUAUUAAGAGAAUUGAUUGCUCUAAAGCCAGCAACUUUGGUAGCUAGGCUAAAUGCUAAUUGUUAUCAAGUAACUAAUUAAACAAAGAUUGUAUUGAGCUCAAGAAGCUAAAGAAAAAAGUAGG